AUGGUGCCUUUCAACGCGGAUGAGAUCAGGGAGGUACAGCUCCUGGAGGGUAUCAACCGCCCAAACGUGGUAAGAUUAAAUGAGGCCUUGGUAUCCCCUCCGGACAUAUAUAUGGUGAUGCCCUUAUACCAAGGAGACCUCUGGGACCUGACAAAUGAAAAAAGACGAAGAGCCACAGUGUCGGGGUUCUACCGAAUACUGCGUCAGGUGGCGAAGGAUAUAGCCGCCUGUCACCGGGAGCAUAUCGUCCACCGUUACUUAAAACCGGAAAAUGUGCUCCACCGAGGCGACCGAUACGUGGUGGCUGACCUGGGAUUGGCCAGGUCAGGGCCUCCUAACCGAUCUUCGGCACCAGUUUUUACUGGGCCCCAGAACAACACCGGGGAGAACCAUAUGGUACAGGAGUGGACCUUUGGGCACUCGGGUUGGUGGCCCGAUAUGUGGCAACCGGUCUGA